AUGGCGGCGGCCGAAUCGGCGAGGGUCCAGGAAGCACAGAAGCUCGCCAAGUCAGACCCGAGGAAGGCUGAGGCCAUCUACAAGGAAAUCAUCUCCCAGGCCCCCAGCGCCACAUCCGAUGCUGCCACCCGCGAGUACGAGACGGCCUUGAUCAGCCUGGGCGAGCUGUACCGGGACGAGAAGAAGACGCAGGAGCUUGUGGAUCUAGUCAAGGAGAGCCGAUCAGUAUUCUCUUCCUUUGCCAAGGCUAAGUCGGCAAAGCUGGUUCGCCAACUCCUCGACCUCUUCAAGGAAAUCCCCAACAGCACCGAUAUCGAGAUCGCCGUCACCAAGGACUGCAUAGAAUGGGCCACCGCCGAGCGCCGCGCCUUCCAGCGCCAGGACCUCGAGGUCCGCCUCGUCGCCCUGCAGAUGGCUAAGCAGUCCUACUAUGAAGCCCUCGGCCUCAUCAACGGCCUCCUCCGCGAGCUCAAGCGCCUCGACGACAAGCUCCGCCUCGUCGAGGUCCAACUCCUAGAGUCGAGGGUCUACCACGCCCUCGGCAACAUCCCCAAGGCCCGCGCCGCCUUGACCAGCGCACGCACGAGCGCCGCCAGCGUCUAUACCCCCCCGUUGCUGCAGGCCAACCUCGACAUGCAGAGCGGCAUGCUCCACGCCGAGGACAAGGACUUCAACACUGCCUUUUCCUACUUUAUCGAGGCUCUCGAUGGAUACCACACCCAAGACGAGGGUCCCAAGGCUCAAGCUGCCCUCCAGUACAUGCUUCUCUGCAAGAUCAUGCUUAACCUCGUCGACGAUGUCAACAACCUCAUGACCUCGAAGCAGGCCCUCAAGUACGCCGGAAAGAAUCUCGAGGCCAUGAAGGCCAUCGCCCGCGCUCACUCAAAUCGGUCACUUGAGGAGUACGAGCGUGCCCUCUCUUCUUACCGCUACGAACUGGGAAGCGACGCCUUUAUCCGUAACCACCUCCGCCGCCUUUAUGAUGCCAUGCUCGAGCAGAACCUUAUCAAGGUCAUCGAGCCCUUCUCGCGCGUCGAGAUCGACCACAUCGCCAAGAUGGUUGGCCUUGACACGCAGCAGGUGGAGCGAAAACUGUCGCAGAUGAUCCUCGACAAGGUCAUCAUCGGCGUCCUCGACCAGGGCGCUGGCUGCCUCAUCAUCUUUGACGAGACGCAGCGGGAUGAGUCGUACGACGCGGCUCUGGCCACUAUUGAGAAGCUGAGCAACGUGGUGGAUGUAUUGUACACGAACCAGGCGUCCAUGCUGGAAUAG